CAGGCGGUCAGGCGGGCCUCAAGUGACCCGGUAGGCAGUCCCCCAAGAUUCCUUCUCGCGAUCUCACUGCACGCCGCACCGCACCGCGCCAGCAUCAGCAUGGGCGGCGGCGGCGGCGGCGGCCUCGGACGCCGGCGGCACUUCGCCUACCUGCCGCUGCUGCUGCCGCUUCUCCUGCUCGCCGUGGCCGGUGCCGCCGCGGGGAAGGAGAAGGAGAAGGGCGCGUUCGGUAAGCUGCGGUUCCGGCGGGAGAGCGGAACGUUCAAGGUGGUGCAGGUGGCGGACAUGCACUACGCGGACGGCCGGAGCACGGCCUGCGAGGACGUGCUCCCGUCCCAGGUGGCCGGCUGCACCGACCUCAACACCACCGCCUUCCUCUACCGCGUCUUCCGCGCCGAGGAGCCCGACCUCGUCGUCUUCACAGGUGAUAACAUCUAUGGUGCCAAUUCAACUGAUGCAGCCAAGUCUAUGGAUGCAGCAAUUGCCCCAGCCAUUGACAUGAAACUUCCUUGGGCUGCUGUGAUUGGGAACCAUGACCAAGAAGGUACACUGUCACGUGAAGGUGUAAUGCGUCAUCUUGUCGGCAUGAAAAACAGCCUUUCAAGCUUCAAUCCGGAAGGAAUUGAAAUUGAUGGUUACGGAAAUUACAAUUUGGAAGUUUCUGGAGUUGAAGGAACACCCAUGGAUGAAAAAUCAGUGCUCAACCUGUAUUUCCUAGACAGUGGUGACUAUUCUACUGUACCAUCAAUCAAUGGUUAUGGUUGGAUCAAGGCUUCGCAGCAAGUCUGGUUCCAACAAACAUCUUCAAGUCUACAGGCAAAGUAUAUGAAUGAGAACCCGAAACAGAAGGAACCAGCACCUGGCCUUGUGUUCUUCCACAUUCCACUACCAGAGUUCAGCAGUUUUACGGCAGCCAAUUUCACAGGAGUAAAGCAGGAGGGUAUCAGCUCAGCAUCAAUUAACUCUGGGUUCUUUGCCUCCAUGGUGGAGGCUGGAGAUGUAAGGGCUGCCUUUGUGGGACAUGAUCACAUUAAUGACUUCUGCGGGAAGCUCAAUGGUAUUCAACUCUGCUAUGCUGGUGGAUUUGGUUACCAUGCUUAUGGAAAGGCUGGGUGGUCAAGGAGAGCAAGGGUGGUGUCUGUGCAACUCGAGAAAACAGACAACGGUGAAUGGCGAGGAGUCAAGUCCAUCAAGACAUGGAAGAGGCUUGAUGAUAAACAUCUUAGCACAAUUGACUCUGAGGUCCUCUGGAACAGAGGCUCUAAUGGGAGGCGCAGGAAAAAUCCUGGUGGUAGUUAACUUUUGAUGCAGACGGGACUGGUGCUCUGAAAGGGAUGUCUACAUCAAUGUGUAUUGUUGUAUGGUCAAUUUACUAUAGAAUCGGAAAAUGCAGAAGUGUGUACAUGGGGGAGAAGAUCAUAUACGGACACAUACACGCAGGUUUCUGCUGUUGUAUUUUUCCAUGUUUACAAAAUAAGUAAUUGCAAUUCAAGGCAGCUGUCAAUUAUUGCAAGUUUUCUCAUAUAGUAUAGUGCAAUGGUCAAAGGACGAGAAUGCUAUGUCGUUGUAGUCCCAUCUCUCAUGUAUUGUUACUGGCACUGUCUUUCUACUGCAAUUGAAACCUCAGAGUUACCACAAUAUCAAUUUUUCAUAUAACUA